GUGCGCGUUGUAGGAGAAAAAGACGAGUUCCAGGCACCGAUGAUCGAGACUCAUGUGGGUUCAGGACUGAACAGGUCUUUUGAUCGGAUUUCUAGGUGGACGGCUCAUAAGAGAGAGGUGGAGUACGAAAUCAACCAAAAGAUUGGGAAUAUUAAUCUAGUAUUUGCACAAUCUACAUUUCUAUUACAGACUACAAGAAGAACAUGGGAUAUAUGGCAAACUUGUUUUCCAAAUUUAUCUAACUAUUCAGUCAUAUCUAAACAGUGCUCUUUUACGUGGUUGUCUUCCCUCUUGGUGUUCCCGGAGAGGUGGUUGAAAGUAGGUUGUCAUACCUUCCAUACCUUCUGCUCGACCUGCAUAGGUUGUGCUCUUUUUGCGCAGACGUUGACGUGCGGAGUUCCCUCUUUUCCUUUUGUCGCAACAGUCUCUAUUACCAAGUAGCUGACAAUCAUGGAACUAUCUACGAAGAAUGACCGACAACGGCGAGAAGGCAAUACAAACUCUAAGGUUACCAACACCAGAAAGCCACCGGUGGCUACUUUCCUCUCAAUUGGCAUUAUUUGCAUGAAAGUUCUUUGCAUCCAGGCAGCACCUAUCCAGUUCACCAAGGAGCCCAAAUCCCAGGAUGCAUUGCAUGGCCGCAGUGCCAUGCUCCGCUGUGAGGUCAGCGACCCAGCAGACAUCCAGUAUGGCUGGCUAAACAACGGUCAGCCCCUGGAUGACACCGAGAGGCGAUUCCGCGAGGUCAGCAACCUCAAGUUCACGGCAGUGGACCGGAGAGUGGACACUGGCAACUUUGAAUGCGUGGCCACCAACACGGUCACAGGAGAGGAGGCCCACUCUACUAACGCUUCUUUCAACAUCAAGUGGUUGGAAAGUGGAGGUGUGACCCUGAAGGAGCCAACCACGGAGGCGGAGAUCGAGAGUUCUGCACCAGUGACAUUGCGGUGCCACAUUGACGGACACCCACGGCCUACGUGCCAGUGGUUUCGGGAUGGGAUGAGGUUGACAGAGAAGACCCAUCAAAUCAACAACAAAGAGCGCACCCUCACCUUCAAGAGCGCCAGCCCCGACGACAACGGCCUGUACUACUGCUGUGCCAAGAAUGCAGCCGGCCAUGUGUGCAGCAACGCCAAUUUCACCCUCAACAUCAUAGAUAAGAGUUUCCCCCGGCCAGUAGUGACUCCAAUGGACCAGGUUGUCCUGAAGAAUGAGGAGGCUGUCUUCCACUGUCAGUUCACCGCUGUCCCAGAGCCCACUGUGGAGUGGUACUAUGACGCUGAACUUCUCACCAACAAGUCCCGAGUGAUCCUGUACACUAACGGCACCCUGCUAAUCACCCAGGUGAAGCCCAGAAACACUGGCUCCUACAGGUGUGUGGGUAGAGGGCCCCGGGGCCCGGACGUCACGCUGGAGGCCUCCCUCCUCAUAGCAGAGAUUGAGGAUAUGUCCCCCAGACAGUCCCGGGUCUUCACAGCAGACACCAUGCAGCGUGUGUCCUGUACGGCCCCGCGUGGAAAGCCCCAGCCUGAGGUGUGGUGGGAGCGGGAAGGGGUGCGGGUCCCCACGGAGGGACGGGUGUACCAGGAAGGCAGUGAACUGGUCUUCAGCCCCACCGAGCAGGGCGACUCAGGCUCCUACACCUGCGUGGCCCAAAACAAGGCGGGCCGCAAGACCCAGGAGCUGACCUUCACAGUGGCCACUGCCCCAGUGUGGGUAACCAAGCCCCAGGACAGCUACCUGGAGGAGGGAAGACCAGGCUACCUCCAUUGCCACGCUCAGGCUACCCCUGAGCCUGAGGUCACGUGGCACCGAAACAGCAUUAUGGUCAUGCCUGAGGACCCACGCUUUACAGUGUUCCCCAAUGGUACUCUGCGCAUCAAUAAUGUGGAAGUGUAUGAUGGUCAGAUGUAUGCCUGUGUGAGCAGGACACAGGGAGGCAAGCUGUCUGGAAAUGCCAGAGUCUAUGUACUGGAGAAACUGAAGUUCACCCCUACGCCCCAGCCAUCUCAGUGCCUGGAGCUGGACAAGGAGGUCAACAUCCAGUGUUCUGCCACGGGCAGAGAGACCCCCACCAUCAAAUGGACCAAAGCAGAUGGUGGAGAGCUGCUUCCUCAUGUGGAGAUGAGGAAUAGCCAGCUCCACUUCACCAAAGUGACGCGCAGCGACGCAGGAAACUACACCUGUAUCGCCUCCAACAGCCUACAGGGGGAGAUCAGAGCCAUGGUCGGCCUCACUGUGGCAGUGUAUAUCCGCUUUAAGCUGGAGCCAGAGAACACCACAGUGUACCAGGGCCACACAGCCAUCCUACACUGCCAGGCCACAGCAGACCCUGAGCCCCGCGUCCAGUGGAUGGUCAAGGAUAAGGUGCUGGACACCAGCAGGAGAAGGUUCCAGUUAAUGGUCAAUGGCUCUCUGGUGAUAACAGAUGUCACCACGGACGACACAGGCAAAUACACCUGCAUUGCCGGAAACAGCUGCAGCAUCAGUGACCGUGUGGCACAGCUCUACGUAGUGGAGAAACCGGUGCAGACAUUGGUGGACCACGAGGAGAAGGCACCCUAUAAAAUGAUUCAGACUAUAGGUUUGUCUGUGGGGGCAGCCGUGGCCUACAUCAUCGUGGUGCUGGGCCUCAUGUUCUACUGCAAGAAGAGACGCAACGCCAAGAGACUUCAGAAGGGCCAGGAGGGAGAGGAGCCCGAGAUGGAGUGUCUUAACAGGGGGGCUGUACAGCAGAAUGGCCACACCACCGCUGAGAUCCAGGAAGAGGUGGCUUUGACCAGCGUGGGCACCACAGCGGCAGCAGAGAAACGCCAUAGCAGUGCCAACGAAAAGCUUCAGUUCCCCCGAGAAGACCUACACACCAUCACGACACUGGGGAAGGGUGAGUUCGGCGAGGUGCUGCUGGCCAAGGCGAAGGGCAUCGAGGAGGGUGAGGAGGAGACAGUGGUGUUGGUGAAGAGCCUGCAGAGCAGAGAUGAGCAGCUACAGCUGGAUUUCCGCCGUGAGGCCGACAUGUUCUCCAAGCUGAGCCACGGCAAUGUGGUGCGACUGCUGGGACUGUGUAGGGAGGCCGAGCCCCACUAUAUGAUCCUGGAGUAUUAUGACCUGGGAGAUCUGAAACAGUUCUUGAGAAUCUCCAAUAGCAAAGAUGAGAAAAUCAAGUCUCAACCUAUCACCACCAAGACCAGAGUAUCCAUCUGUGCCCAGGUGGCUCUUGGGAUGGAGCACAUGUCCAAUCACCGCUUCGUUCAUAAAGACCUGGCUGCUCGUAACUGCCUGAUCAGCGGCCAACGCAGCGUCAAAAUCUCAGCUCCCAGCCUCAGCAAGGAUGUUUACAACAGUGAGUACUACCACUACCGGCAGGCGUGGAUCCCCCUGCGCUGGCUCCCGGCCGAGUCUGUGUUUGAGGAUGACUUCUCCACCAAGUCAGAUGUCUGGGCCUUUGGGGUGCUCAUGUGGGAGGUGUUCAGCCACGGGGAACUGCCAUACACCAAACUCAGUGAUGACGAGGUGCUAGAGGGUCUGCAGGCCGGCAAGAUGAAGUUACCCGUGCUUGACGGCUGCCCCUCCAAAGUCUACAAGCUCAUGUGCCGCUGCUGGGCCCCAAGUCUCAAAGAGCGUCCCUCCUUCAGCGAGGUCGUCAACACCCUGGGGGAUCUGUCCUCCGACAGCAAUGUCUGAAAGGAGGACAACUGAACCCACCCCACCCCAAGGAGUGACAUCUCCCCCCGCCCCCCCCCCAAAAAAAUAAACACAGAAAUUCUGGAUUCUGAGUCACACGCAUUUCAGGGACCAGGAGGUAUUAUUUAAAAGGGCGUGUGGAUAAGAACAAAACACUUUUGUUAUACCAAUGGAUUGGAUACAUACCGUUGAGUGUGUGUAGAUGGUUUCAUGUGAGGAGGACACGAGUGCCAGGAGUUUACAUUUGCCUUAAUUGCAGCAUGGAAGGCAUGCCUGCUGACACUGUCCCUUUUGGCCCAUGUGGUUCCAGUGGGCCCAUGCCUGGCAUGGGUCUCUCAGGGCUGGUUUGUCCCAGAGACGCUCUCCCUCUCUUUUUGACCCGCGCAGCACAGGAACCAUAAAAACUAAAGUGCCUCUCCUUGCCAACCUGAACCUCAAUCUACCAACUCUAAAGUCCCCCCAACCAAUCCAGGAGAUCCUAAGCUACUUUUAUCCAUCAGGGGGAACUUUCUGUAUGUGCUGGACUGGACUCACCCCCUGAAAGCUGUAUCUAGUGUGAUUCAGACUUGGAAUUUGCAGCCUCUAAUGUGUGCCACUGAUGCUGUUGUUCUGAUAUCUAUUGAAGAGGUAAGAUCUGAGUAUAAGCACCAAUGGACAAGAUUUUUACUGAGUUUUAAACUUGAAAGUCUGUUACGCAUUGUGUCUGGGGAACUCAGUGGAUUGACUUGUCUGUGUUAAUUAUAUACUUUACAGGAACAAAUGUACUAUCAAAUGUAUAGCCAAGGAAUAUUUUUGAGUGAGUGAGUUAAAAAACAAAAAUCUCUUAUGAGUGUGUUACAAGUGUCAUUUUAACUCUGAAGUGCUCGAUGUUGACCAUCAUUGAUGGGAUUACCGUAUAAUAGACCACAUAUUAGCUGUAUAACCAUGUUAUCACUUUAUCAGUCUGUCAUUAUUAAAUGGCAGGCAAUGCUGUAUUUUCAGAGGUCCAAUCACAAUUCCCUUUUUUUUCUAGCUGGUCCAAUGAUUUUGUGCAAUGUUGUAAUGUGGACCAUCCCACAAGGCAAUAUGUACAUAAUGUAGAAACCAUGCACUAUAACUUCACUUAAAAAUAUCCCUUUUUAUUACUAUCAUAUUGUAAAAGGAUGUACCUGCGGGAACCUCUUUAUUUAUUAUGAAGGUCCCGUCUUUUUACCCAUUUGUUUUCUUCAUAAAAAGGUACUUUGAUGAUCACUUAAUGCAGUUGCAUAUGUAUUCAGUCUCUUAUGAUACAUCUCAGUAACACAGUCAGUUUGGUAAUACAUUUGUUGUUACCAUGAGCAAAGACGGAUGAGAGAGAAUCACCAAUGCUCUUCAAGGGACUCUUAAGUGCCUGGUAAAUGAAGGAUUAUUAGCUGUUUUCCCGCUUUCCUUUUUCUCAAUAUCUAAUCAAAAUGCAAUGGUCUUUUUUGUUUGCGAAGACCUUGUUUUUAUAUAUUGUUUUGAGUGCAAAACUGUUUUAUGAAUGCUAGGCGCUCACACCUAGGCCUCUUUUUUUAAUCCCCUUCGACUAAUAAUCACAGUAACCUCAAUGUAUACAAACUGCUCUCAAUAAAGGAUCACGUUUUUUUUUAA